AUGGAAGCUGCACCCGUGGCGGCGGCGCAGCAACCACCGCAGGCCCAAAAGCGGCCCCGCGAGGAAAGCGAUGCUUCUCCACAGGAGGGCAGCAACGACAGCGUGCCCGCCACCUUCUCAAACGAGCACUCCCUCACGACGCCAGUUGUGGGCGCGGAGCUUGUUGUGGACGUGGAUCAGUCAGAGACGAACGCACAGGCGUCGGCCGUAGAUGCCCCGCGUUCACGAUCGCGUGGGCUACCCGCCGUAGGGCCAGGUCCCAUCUCACCUGUCGCGGCCUCUCGCAGCGGUACUGAGGGCGCCAGCAGCUGCCAGGCGGCUGCAGUGGUCGCAACGCUGGGGUCGUCCUCUUCGGCCUUUGCGGACGCGCGCCGCUUCAAGCAGCCCACCCUUGCGGCCUACGGCAUGGUCAGCGACACGAUAGCGCUCAAGAAGGAGAUUAGCGACCGCGACAGCCACAUUGAGGAGUUGAACCGCGAGGUGGAGGGGCUGCGUGCGGAGGUGGGGCGGCGCGAUGACCAGAUACACUUCAUGGACGGUCAAUGCCGGCAGUACCAGAAGAAGCUGGAGCACUUCCAGUCCGUCAUGCGGCAGGAGAUGCUGAGCGCUGCUCAGAAGGAUCGUUCAGAGGCUCGACGCGUCCUCUACCAGAAGCACUUCGAGCUCGGCCAAACGGCGACGUGGCACAGCAAUGGCCAGACGGUAUGGAUGGAGGGCGAUCGGGUGCGCACACUCUUUCUGACGCUGGCGAGCCUCACCCAAAAACGCGAGGAAGCCGAGGCGCUCAAGAAGGCGGCGCAGAGCAGCGUGAAGCAUCUCGCCCGGCAGGAGCGGGAGCGGGAGGACUCGGGCGCCGGCGCCGACCUGCAGGACGCGCUGAUGGCUGCCCAGAUGGAGUAUCAGCUGCGCACCUCUGAGCACGCCGCGCUGACGAACAGCAUCGCUGACGUCAAGCUGAAGCAGGCGGAGGUGGAGCACGAAAAGAAGGCAUUCGUAAAGGAGAUGCGACGGGUGAAUGACGAGGACACGUCCGAGUUCUUGGCUAUCCCCACCAUCGGCGAGGGAGACCGCUACGUCCUCAUGCAUCUACUAGGCAAGGGCGGCUUCUCUGAAGUGUGGAAGGCGUUCGACCUCGUCGAAGGGCGCUAUGUAGCGUGUAAGAUUCACCACAUCCAGCGCGAGUGGCCUACCCAGACGCGCACUCACUACCUGCGCCAUGCGCAGCGGGAGCUCGACAUUAUGCGCGCGCUCGAUCACCCGCACCUGACACACCUGUACGACGUCUUCCCCCGCGGCGACAACAUGUUCAUUUCUGUGAUGGAGUACAGCAACGGCAUGGACCUCGACACCUACCUGAAGCGCUACCGCACCUUCAAGGAGGCCGACGCGCGACUCAUCUUUCUCCAAGUCGUGGACGUACUGCGCUACCUCGCCUCCCUGGAGAGCCCCAUCAUCCACUACGACCUUAAGCCGGCCAACAUACUGCUGCACCGCGACGACCCGACCAUCCUCGACAUCAAGAUUACCGACUUUGGGCUCUCCAAGAUCAUCGGCGCCACACGCGAAGGCCCUAGUGACAACCCGUCCAUCGAGCUCACCUCGCAGGGCACCGGCACCUACUGGUACCUGCCGCCCGAGUGCUUCGAAACCGCUUCGACGCCGCGCAUCAGCAACAAAGUGGACAUCUGGUCCGCCGGUGUUAUUUUCUACCAAAUGCUCUUCGGCAGGCGACCGUUUGCCGAGGGCGAGUCGCAGCGCCGCAUAUGGCAGGAGAAGCUCAUCAUUCAAUCAGCGCGUACGCUCGACUUUCCAGACGCGCCCAAGGUGAGUGAGGAGGCGAAGGACGUCAUCCGCGCCUGCCUCGCCUUCAACGAGCACGAGCGAUGCGACGUGUUUCAGCUGAGUCAGGACCCCUACCUCUUUCGAACGAGCCGCCGCUCCACUCACAAGGCAAAGAGCGCCGCUCUCCCUGGCGGCGGAAACUCGUGUUCGCCGCUGAUGCCGCCCGUCGCCGACGCAACACCGGCAUCAUAG